AACAUAAAAGCAGCUAGAGACACUCUGGACAAGUGGAUGAGGCAAUUCUGGUAACAUUUAUGAACAUUUAACGUGAGUUUAUUCCAGUUUUGACAUUAUCCAUGAAAUAGUAUCCUUCUUCUAAUUUGCCCCAGACAUUUGAACUGAUUAUUCUUUGCUUGGAGGCCAUGCAGAGAAUAACUAGGAAGCCAAAUUUGGCUCAUGGGCCCUAGUUUAAUAACUCUAGGAACAGAGAGCCAUACAAGCAAAGGAUGCCCUCCACAGGUUGAUCCUGAGGAAGGGCCUUUUACUCACAGGAGCUGGGGUAGAAAGGGUCCUUCCAUAGUGACGCCCCCCAAGGACAUCUGGAAUGUCACUGGCGCCAAGGUGUACUUGAGCUGUGAAGUCAUCGGAAUUCCAACCCCAGUCCUCAUCUGGAACAAGGUAAAAAGGGACCACUCCGGAGUUCAAAGGACAGAACUCUUGCCUGGUGACCGGGAAAACCUGGCUAUUCAGACCCGGGGUGGUCCAGAAAAGCAUGAGGUGACUGGCUGGGUGCUGGUAUCUCCUUUAAGCAAGGAAGAUGCUGGAGAAUAUGAGUGCCAUGCAUCCAACUCCCAAGGAGAGGCUUCAGCAUCAGCCAAGAUCGCAGUGGUUGAUGCCUUACAUGAAAUACCAGUGAAAAAAGGUCAAGGUGCUCAGCUAUAAACCUGCAAAAUGCAUCAGCCUAUGUAGCUAAAACUGCUUACAGACAACUGACAACUAUAACCCCUUUAUUCUUGCCUGAUUUUUUUCUUUUAACCUAAUCCACUAACACUUUAUUACAUCCAGCUGGUUUUACACAGAAAGAUAACACAUCAAGACUAUCUACAAAAAUGUAUUGUUUAUUUACAAAAAAGCAUGCAUAGCUUUAAACAAAACAAAUAAAAUUCUUAUCACAACAGUA